AUGCCUCUACUAAAAACCUACAAGAAGAAGUCUGUCAUGAAUUUCCAUGGUACAAGGAACUUGACGCCAUCUGGCACUCAAACCCCUCCUUUGCAGCAAAAACUAUGUCGUCCAAGCCUGGCAUUGACCACAUCAGGUGACAUGUACAGGCUAGUGCAUCUGCAUGGCAGGGCUGGUCCCUCUGCACAUACCAGGGGUGCCACCAGGGCUCAGCCCCCUCCCCCUCAUAUUGCUCCUCCUAGCCAUCCAUUCACUGAUCCACAAAUUGAUCCUUGCCUGCUAGCACCCGCUGCUCCUGUUCCUUCUGCCCCUGCUGCUGCUCCCAUUCCUUCUGCUCCUCCUGCUGCUCCCAUUCCUUCCACUAUACCACUUGGAUGA